AUGGGAAAUUGUUAUGAUUCAAGAAAGAAUACAGUAAUUUUAGCAUUUGAUUAAACUGAAUAUACUCAGUUGAAUUAAUAAUUUCAAUAUUACUGUGAAUUAAGUAGUGAGUAAUAAUAUAAAUAUUAUUAGAACUCGUGAUAUUAAAUAACUUAAUUAGAGAUCCUUUGAAGAUAUAUUUUCAGAAAAUCCUACAUUUGGAAUUAAACUAUUUAAGUUCCUGGAAUUGUAUUCUGGAAGUGAUGGGUUUGUGAAGAAAGAACCAUUGUUUGAAUUCUGUAAUGUUAAAAUAUUACUUACAUUAUAGUGGAGUUAUUAGUGAAGGAUGUUUAAACCUCAGUUCCAGCAUUCAAGAAUUUAGAAAGGUUUGAAUUGAUGUCUUUGAUUACUUUGCAAAACUAUAGAUAUGUUAAAUCAAAAGAAGAGUUGGCUUAAUUGUAAUUAACCUAUCUUGAUACUCUAAGUGUGAUUAAAGUAUAUCAAAAUACUUCUAUAAUUUUAGGAUAUUAUUAAAAUGUAUUAAAAUAACCAAAAGAAUACACCAACUAAUGAGAAAUACAUAAAAUCAUUAGUAGAUUAAGUAUAUAGUAUUUAUUUAAUUCUAAAUUUAGAAAAUGAGUCAGGUUCAUUCUCUUGGAUAUAAUUGAUGGACUUCAUUUCUAAAUAAAUGCCAGGAACAAAAUAUCUAAUAAAAAAAUAUUUUUAAGCCAAAUUUAUGGGAAAAUAAUUUAAUGUAAUUAAAUUAAUUACUUUUCUAAUUAGAAUACUAUUCCAGUUGUUAAUACUCCAUCAUAUUUUGUAACUGAUGAAUUGUUUUUCUAAUUAUUAUUAAGUACAUAAUCUGUACUUACUGAUUGCAAUUAAUUAACUUUGUUAUAUUCAAGUGUUGCUCAUUAAGGUGGUUUUAAUUAAAUGGUUUAAUCACUUAAAGGUACUAUUAAUAUUAUUGUUAAUAUUUAGAUUGUAAAUUACCUACAAUUAUGUUUUUUUAACAUGAAGAAAAAUAUGAAUAGAAGAUUAAAUAAUAGAUAUUUGGAGCUCUUACAAAUCUUAGAUGGUAUGAUACAAAAUAGUAUUUUGGAACCAAGAAGGAUUGCAUUUUUAGUCUCUAUCCUUAUUUUAAGAUAUAUAGAUCCAAAAGAAAAGGAGAAUAAAAUUAUUGUUUUUUAGAUUCUAAUAAAGGAAUUGGUUUUGGUGGUAAAAAUGGUGAGGGAUGUAGAAUUUGGAUUGAUAAAAAUUUAUAGAAUUCAUAUUGUACUCAAACAGAUGAUUCUUAUGAAAAUGGACCUCUAAUAUUACCUUAUGUUAAGAAAUUGUAAAUUAAUAUUAUUGAAAUAUGGGCUAUUCAACAUCCUACUGAUGAAAAUGAUGAAAAUUUUGAUAUAAAAAUAGAUCUAAAAGAUCCAUUAUUGUAAUAAUAAUCAGAUGAAGUGUAAUAUCCAAAUUCUAAUGCUGAUUUUUAUUGGGUUUCACAAUAGAAAACAGAAUAGAGAAAUUCAGGAUUUUAUUGGGAAAAUAAUAAUGUAAGUUGA